CCCUGGGCUGGGUCCAUCUGUACUUCCAAUCUGUACCCACUGUGACUUGAUCACAACUAUAUGACCCCCCCUGGCGCCAAAGCUGGAUCCGCCCUUGGGUUGAUUUACCACUGAGCGUUUCCAUUGCGUGGCACGCAGCACUAGAAUAUCCAUACUUAAUCGGUAGUGAACUUAAUACCUGAAAUUCGGUAGCCCAAGGCAGCGAUGUUGCCGUCACGAAGCAUAGAGCUCUUAAAGAGUGUCCAAUGUAGCUACCAUAUAAUAAUCUCUACCUACUGAAGUACUUAGUUGUAGAAAUUAUGUACGGAAUGUAGGUACUACGGAAUAAAAAAAAAUACAACAAUAACAAAAAUGUGAACUCAAAAAAAUCUGUAAUGUUAUUUUAUAAUCAGUCUUCUUCGUCUAUUAAUUCCACUCUAUAUACACUUUAUAAAGACUGAAAAUAUGUUUGUCUCAUUUUAAGCCAUGAACAUCAUAAAUGAUCUGGCAACAUUGGGCCACUCUUUUAAACGUAGCGGGAAUCCAAAGAUUUGUUCAGUGUUUAAUGCAUGCAGAUAGUAGGCACAAUAUGUAAGAAAGUGUGUGUUGUGUUAGUGAAACUUUAGUUUAAUUAUAGUAGCAGAGCAGAAAUUGUAUAAUAUCUCUUAUCUAUUAGACAAGUCCGUCCGUCCGUCUGUCUGUGGUGCUGUUUCAGCGGCCAAACCAUAAAGAGCUGUACCUGCCUAAAAUGGAUAACGAAACAAACAAAAUUAAUAAGAGGCAGAAACACAAGAAACCCUGGUGGGAGAUAUUGUGUUUGCGGUGUCACCAGGCAGAUCCUACUCCGUCAUGGCAGCCCCGGUGGUGGGGAAAGUUCUGUCCAUACCCUUACUUUUCCACGUACCGACAAACAGCGCAGCAAAUAUCCAUAAUAUUAUUUUUUUUACUCAUAUGGGCAUUUUUAUACGUUGAAAUUGGCGAAGCAGUCAGCUUAAGAGGAGAGUUAUUUAGCAUGACAAUGUUAGUUAUUACCGCCUAUUUAGUGGGUUGGGUAUGGCUGAAGUUGACCACUUUGCCAGCCCUUAUAGGCAUGUUGUUAACAGGAAUACUAUUUCAAAACUUACAAUUGGUGCACAUGACGGAUGAAUAUAGGAAACUAAAUCAAGAUCUGAGAAAAAUAUCACUAGUUAUAAUUUUAACCCGUGCCGGACUUGGUCUUCAGGCAAGUGUCUUGAAGAAGCACUAUGUAGCUGUAUUGCAACUCGGCCUUCUCCCAUGGAUCGCAGAGUGCGUAGCGAUAGCUAUGACAACACAUUAUUUAUUAAAACUACCUUGGAUUUGGGCAUUUUUAUUAGGCUCUAUGAUAGCAUCGGUGUCCCCUGCAGUUGUGGUACCAUGUCUGUUCAGGCUAAGAGAUGUUGGCUACGGAGUCUCUAAGGGUAUUCCCACAUUGGUUUUGGCUGCCACAGCAAUCGACGAUUCCAUCAGUGUUGCCAUAUUUGCCAUUAUCUUAAACGCUAUGUUUUCAUCUGGAUCAACCACUUUCAAUAUCAUCAAGGGUCCUUUAUCAAUAAUAGCCGGCAUAGUAUUUGGAUCGUUGUGGGGUGCUUUGUCUUCAGUAGUACCAGAGAAAGCAGACACGUAUGUUGUCCCCUUGAGAUUUCUUAUGUUAUUCUUAGGUGGUCUAUUUUCUCUAUUUAUAUCUGGUUAUAUUGAAUGGAGCGGUGCAGGGCCAUUAGCUAUUGUAUCGUCCGGUUUUGUAGCAGCAUACUUUUGGGAAACGCAAGGUUGGCCUAUAAACAAACAUCCAGUUAGCAAUAUCUUCAGAAUCCUGUGGAUUUUCUUUGAGCCUAUUCUAUUUGCUUUCACUGGUGCUCAAAUAACGGUAAACACAUUGGAUCUCCAAGUAAUAAAAAUGGGUGCUAUAUGUCUUGUUUCGUGCCUUUUUCUGCGUGUGAUCGUCACAUUUUUCGUAAGCUACGGAUGCGGCCUCAAUAAUAAAGAAAAGCUGUUUAUCGGCCUAACGUGGAUGGCUAAAGCAACUGUUCAAGCAGCUCUAGGUCCCGCAGCGUUAGACUUAGUACAUAAUGGGAAAACGGCAGGUUCUCCAUUGGCUGACGAGGAAUAUUAUGCGAAGACACUACUGGCUGUCAGCGUAUUGAGUGUUGUUAUAUCAGCACCACUAGGCGCUAUUCUUAUAGCCAUCACAGGGCCGAGGCUGCUCAACAAAGACGAUGAUACUCCCUCUAAAAGAAAUGAAGAUAAAGAAAUUGAUAUUGAAGUUGCUGGUGAUACAUUAACACAGCUGUGAGAUUACAACACUAAAAGCUUUUAAGUUUACUUAUUGUGUCCAAAUAAAAAAAAUAAGUACGUACUUAUUUAUUUAAUUCGUUUUGACUGUACCAACCAAUAUCGAAAUUGUAACGUUUUCGAGUACGAAAUGUCAUUGUCAAAAGUGUACUGAUUUUUAGUUCUCGUUAUGUCCGUUAUGGCACUGCUGUUCAAGUUUUCAUACAAAAUUUGACAAUGUCAUUUCGCACUAGCAGCUUCCUCCUUUUUCGAAGUCAGUUAAAAAGAAGCCAAAUCGUUGUUGCCUGUAUGGAACAUGGAUUUUGUAAUUUUUUUAUAUAUCAAUAAAAGAAAGAAGCUGUAUGUACUUAGUAUCCUUUUUUUUCCCGUAAAGAAAGAAUUUAAAAAAACAAACAAAGAAAAUUUGUUUGUUUUGUUUUUUUUUUGUUAUAUUCUCCCUUUUCAGGGAAGGCAAGGGGAGCAAUGCCCAUACAGCCUAGUCAUAAAUUAAAUUAUUCUGUUUUUCUUUUUACAUUAGAAUGUGCAAUUUUGAUGCAUUCUAAUGUUUCUUGAAGUGUUUGGCACGAAAUGUAUCGAGCUGGCUUUUUCGAUAAGCUUCUGU